UCGGCUGGGUUCUUGCGAAUCGUCUUGGUGGUGAAAGUCCUCCCGUCACUUUGGGACGGUCCGGUGACCUCCACUUCAAUGACGUGCCAGUCCAAUAAGCUGCCAGAGAAGAUUCCCACAUUCCAAGGUUUCUCUGCCAAUAAAUGGGGUGCGGUGCUUCGAAUCAAACCAGCGCAUUGGAAGACUCGUCUCCGAACGGCCGUACUUCCUUGGACGAGGAACUAUCUGAAUCGGGCGAGACAGCCAGCCUUACGCAUUCGUCGCUAAGUUACGAACUUCAGCCACCGCAGCCCAUUAAAGAAAUGAAAGCCCCAAUAGCCUUUGAAGUGCCAGGACAAAACCCAGAUGAAAUCGGUGAGGGUGUUUCUAUCAUUCAAGCUCAUCCGCCAAGGCGACUGAGACGUCUGGAAGACGAACAAGUCAAUUUGUCUGCGGAAGAAGUUGAGCGCCGCCAUGCUUUGGCUGAACAACGCCGACAAGAGGCUCUGCAGAUGCGCGUUCAAAGUGCCCGCCUUUCGACGUCCAAAGGACCGAGACGUCAACUGUUGGCUCCGAUAACCAACGAAUAAACGCGAAUAAAUUUUUGCACUAAAUCAAAAGUAAAAGGCACCAAGUUUGAAUCGCACGAACCCCUUAAAAGAAAUCCCGCCUAUCAAAACCACUGUGAUAUUCUAACGAGUGACAUCAAAGAAACUGUGCGAUGUAUUUUGCACGCAUUGAGAGAAUACACGGUAAAUAGACAUUAA